CACGCGUGCUUCUGAACCGCAGACUUUAGUACUUAUCAAAGGAGAGUGGCGUACGGAUGCGCGUCGCGAUAUCUCCGCAAGCUUAUACAACAGCUCUGACACAUCGCGUCGCGGUUUCGUCGUGCUUCCAUAGUUCCAUUUGUCUCGCCUCAAUCGAUGUGCACCUUUAUUUGAGCAGGCGUCGUAACGGGUGGAAGAAGUCGCGUGCGACUCGUGCCAUAAUUUCUCAGCGAUUCUAGCCGUCUUUAUUGUUUCUUGCCGAACGUCAAUCCUGUUUUUAAGAAUUAUGAACGUCAACAAUAAGUAAAAUAAAGUGUUCUUGAGAGUUUGAAAGUGUAUCAUUACGAAGUACAGGAGUUGUGGGUAAUAAUUUGCUAGGAUUUCCUUAGUUCGCGUAUAUAGAUAUUCCUUAGUUCGCGUGAAAUUUUUAUAGUGGUUCAAGUGGUAUUAAGCUAGAUCUGGAUACAUUACAAUGGAUAUCCUGCAACAAAUGAACCUAACGGAUUUCACGUUGUAUGAUCUGAUCAACGUGAAAGGAGUUGAGGACACUAUUGACAAAUAUCCGCUGAUGGCGUCACCGGUGCCGGGAUCCAUACUAAUAGCUAUCUAUCUUUACUUCAUUUACAAAUGGGGUCCAAACUUUAUGGAAAAUCGUAAACCAUUCGACUUGAAGUUGGUUAUAGCAGCUUAUAAUAUCUUUCAAGUCAUCGCUUGCUCUUAUUUGGUGUUGAACUAUAUUAAAGUGGGAUUCGAAUUUAGUUUCAUCGGAAGAUGCACUCCAAAAUUGCCGGUCCAAGAGUACGAACAUGGUUACGAUGCGGUCUACUAUGGCUGGCUUGCAAUGUGCCUGCGGAUGGUGGAAUUCAUCGAAACAGUCUUCUUUGUUCUCCGGAAGAAGCAGAAUCAGGUGUCAGCGCUACAUGUCUAUCAUCACAUUAGCACCUUCCUGAUAGUGUGGUGGAGUCUCAAACUUAGCUUGUCUUACCAGGAAAUGUCAAUAAUGGUGCUAAACUCGAUAGUGCAUAUCAUUAUGUAUUCGUACUAUCUGCUGUCAGCGUACAAAGUGUUCCGGCCAAUGACAAAUCGCGUGAAGCCUGUCAUUACCAUCAUACAGUUAGCUCAGCUAGUAACGAUGCUAGUCCACGUGUAUGCUGCACUGCAACCGACCUGUACCGCCAAUAAGUUCAUCUACAUGCUCCACGCCAUCAAUCUCGUCAUCCUGAUUAGUCUGUUCACCAACUUCUACAUGCAGACCUACAUCAAGAAGAGUCGCAAAGCCAAACAAAGCUAACGAGCAAAAUCCCUAACUCUAAUGCGUUGUACCACUUUGUCUAUAUAGCAGUUACAUUAGUCAUGUUUGUCCAUUGGUCAUUCUUUCCAUCAACGUGAGUGACCAAUCGAAGAAAAAAGUGAAAUUUACAAGUCAAUAUUUAAACACCAACUAGCGCUUCACUGAUGCAAUGGCCUUGCGAAGCAGCAUCGCACGAGUAGAAGCGGACUCACAGAUGUUUCGUUUUCCAAGCUCGUUGAAACACUUGUCCCAUUCAAAGCAUUUUCCCGUGUUUAGGGAUAACCCCUGGUACAAAAGGAAACACAGGGAAGCAAUGGCGAAGACUAAGAAUUAAUUUAAAUGCUACUCAAAUUUCUGCCACACAGUGAAUUCUUCAGCAAAAUCUUACUUUUAGCUAGGUAUAAGGAAUACAAAAAAUUAUUUAAAUCAAAGCAUCUAUUGAAUAUCACAUUUCCUUGUAUGACGUUUAAAGAUUACGCGCGAAACUGACAAAGAUAACAGUAUGUUGCUAAGUAAGUCUAAUUAUCAAAUCGCGAUCAAAUGCAUACUAACUAGUCCAAUAAUUGGAAUCGUAAUAAAAUUAAAGCAUUUUCUGCUCCCGGUCGGAAACCGUCGAGGAUUUUAAAUUUUACGCACUCAUUCAAGUGUUCAGUCAUGGACUCAAAAUAUUCACACUUCUGAACCACGGAAAUAAAAUCGUGAGAGACCCGAAUGAUGUAAUCUAUUCAUUAUGAUAUUUAAACUACUAUACAUAGGAAAUUUAUUUAUAUCCAAAUUCUGUUACUCAAUUUUUCUCAUGUAUUUGGCAUCGACUAGCCUUAGAAGUUAUGAUAAUUCGUCGCGGUAUGGGUGCUUUUCAUCCACAAUCACCUCAUCACCAUACGUCAUAUGUCUAAUGUUAAAAGGCCCAUCAAUUGUCUUGAACGUAACAGAAUGUAUUGCAUGGCUUUGAUAUUUGCUUGUGGAAUCGUUUGUGAAAUAAGGCCAACAAUAAUUCAUUUCAUUUCGUUUCUUUCGGGUUUCGUUGAGGACGUGCGGUCUAGAACCACCGUGGAAGAAAUCAACGCUCUUUCGAAUCUGUGAAUAAAUUUUGGAAAUUUUGUUUUGAUUAAGGCAUACCUUGUAUUUGAAUGUGAGCGAAUGUUCUGUUGCACGUAGAGAACAUCAAAAAAUCCCCAAACAGCUGUUAAUAAAGGAGCUCUAUUAAAUAUUCUAUCCGGAGAACGACAUCCUUUCCCCGACUUAACAAACUAAUUAAAUUUUUGAGGAAUCGCUAUAUGAAGUUAACUAAAUGAUAAAAUUCCUAGAAGCAAUAUAUGAAAACCAUCAGCAGAAAAAUUACCAUAGUUUACAAAAUCCUAAAAAUUGCCGCGCGCCAAUACAGAGAGGGCAUAUACAAUAUGAAAAUGUAGCGGUCAUACAAACCGGCUCUUAAGAUAUGCAUUUACUAUAGAUAGAGGUUCGUUCCUCGUAGCACGUAGCUUAAAUUGCACUAGUAGCAGCACAUAAUGCAUUCUUCAUUUCCGCAUUAGCAUUGGGGCACACGUGUAUUAAGCAAGUACCUAGAACAUUCAGUAUCAAAAAACUGAGGUACCGUAGAACGGGGAAACAUUGACCACCUUUUAGAAAGUUUUUGGAAUAACUUUCUUAAAAUCAAGUGUUGUGAUUUACAUUUUUUAAAAAAAAAGUACUUGCAUCAAUAAAUUACAUGUUGAAACUCUUGUGUGGUUUAUUUCAUUUUAUUAUAUACA